AUGGACCAAAUGCUGCCAAGUCCUUACAACAUACCUGGUAUAGGUACUCCAUUACAUCAACCAGAAGAGGACCAGCAAAUCUUACCAAAUGCAAUGCAACAGCAACAACAACUUCAACAACAACAGCAGCAACAGCAACAACAUUCUUUAGCAUCGUUGGGAUCGUCGCCACUCGUGGGAUUUGGCGCGUCUUUGAUGGGAACACCGCAGAGAACUCUACACACUUAUGCACCUACUGCUAGUUAUGCUACACCGCAGCAAAUGAUGCAACCUCAAACACCGCAAAAUAUGAUGUCACCAAUGAUUACAAGUGGAAGUUUAGCAGGACAACAGGGAAUUGGUCAAGCCAGUCCAGCACCCAUGACUCCAAUGACUCCUCUUUCCGCUGAUCCUGGAAUUUUGCCACAAUUGCAAAACAUUGUUUCUACUGUUAACCUUAACUGCAAACUUGAUUUAAAGAAGAUAGCACUCCAUGCACGCAAUGCUGAGUACAACCCAAAGAGAUUUGCAGCAGUUAUUAUGAGAAUAAGAGAACCAAGAACCACGGCAUUGAUAUUUUCAUCAGGAAAGAUGGUAUGCACUGGUGCUAAAAGUGAAGAAGACUCCAGGCUUGCUGCUAGGAAAUAUGCUAGGAUUAUUCAGAAACUAGGCUUUACUGCAAAAUUUCUGGAUUUCAAGAUUCAAAAUAUGGUUGGAAGUUGUGACGUAAAAUUUCCUAUUCGUCUAGAGGGCUUAGUACUUACACAUGGACAGUUCAGUUCAUAUGAACCAGAGUUGUUUCCAGGACUUAUUUACCGAAUGGUGAAACCAAGAAUAGUGUUAUUAAUUUUUGUAUCCGGCAAGGUGGUGUUAACUGGUGCCAAAGUACGACAAGAAAUCUAUGAAGCUUUUGACAAUAUUUAUCCUAUUUUAAAAAGUUUUAAGAAGCAA